GACCUCGGAGAGCGCCAGGCACCAGGACCAGAGGGACCCGAGAAGCGGCCGGAUCCGGGCUGGACCUUCGCCCGCCUGCGAGCCUGCAGCCUCCGCGCCCUCCGCCUCACGGGCUGGCUGGCGGCUAGUGGCGUCUGAGGAAGUGUUUAAAAUGAAGAAGUUUAAUUUCCGAAAAGUUUUGGAUGGCUUAACUGCCUCUUCCCCUGGCAGUGGUAGCGGCAGCAGCAGUAACAGCGGUGGGGCUGGAAGUGGCUCGGUCCAUCCAGGAGGGACUGCAGGGCUUCCGAGAGAGGAAAUUCAGGAAAGCCUGACUUCAGAGUAUUUCCAGAUUUGCAAGACAGUUCGGCAUGGUUUUCCUUAUCAGCCCACAGCAUUGGCCUUUGAUCCAGUCCAGAAAAUCUUGGCUAUUGGAACAAGAACAGGUGCUAUACGAAUACUUGGAAGGCCUGGUGUUGACUGUUACUGCCAACAUGAAAGCGGUGCGGCUGUCUUGCAGCUCCAAUUCCUCAUCAAUGAGGGCGCUUUGGUUAGUGCGAGUUCAGAUGACACGCUUCAUUUGUGGAAUCUGAGACAGAAAAGGCCAGCCAUUCUCCAUUCUCUUAAGUUUAACAGAGAACGAAUUACUUACUGUCAUCUACCUUUCCAGAGUAAAUGGCUCUAUGUUGGAACAGAAAGAGGAAAUACACAUAUUGUAAAUAUUGAAUCUUUCAUUCUUUCUGGAUAUGUCAUCAUGUGGAACAAGGCAAUUGAACUAUCCACCAAGACUCAUCCAGGCCCAGUUGUACAUUUAAGUGAUAGCCCAAGAGACGAAGGAAAACUGUUGAUAGGUUAUGAAAACGGCACUGUGGUAUUCUGGGACUUGAAAUCUAAAAGAGCAGAGCUGAGAGUUUAUUAUGAUGAGGCUAUUCAUUCAAUUGAUUGGCAUCAUGAAGGCAAACAAUUCAUGUGCAGCCACUCAGAUGGUAGCUUGACUUUAUGGAACCUGAAAAGCCCAAGUCGCCCUUUCCAAACCACGGUUCCACAUGGAAAAAGUCAAAGAGAAGGAAGAAAGUCUGAGUCUUGUAAACCUAUUCUUAAAGUAGAGUACAAAACGUGCAGGAACAGUGAACCAUUUAUUAUAUUCUCUGGUGGGCUGUCAUAUGACAAAGCUUGCAGAAGGCCAAGUUUAACCAUCAUGCAUGGAAAAGCAAUUACAGUACUUGAAAUGGAUCAUCCUAUUGUUGAAUUUCUAACUUUAUGUGAAACGCCCUAUCCAAAUGAAUUUCAAGAACCCUAUGCUGUUGCUGUACUUCUAGAGAAAGAUCUCAUCGUAGUUGAUCUGACACAAACCAAUUUUCCAAUCUUUGAAAAUCCAUAUCCAAUGGACAUUCAUGAGUCACCAGUUACAUGCACAGCAUAUUUUGCCGACUGCCCUCCAGAUUUGAUUCUAGUACUCUAUUCUAUAGGAGUCAAGCAUAAAAAACAAGGAUACAGUAAUAAGGAAUGGCCAGUCAGUGGAGGAGCUUGGAACCUUGGAGCACAAACCUAUCCAGAAAUUAUUAUUACAGGUCAUGCUGAUGGAACAAUAAAAUUUUGGGAUGCCUCAGCAAUGACCCUGCAGAUGUUGUACAAGCUAAAAACUUCCAAAGUAUUUGAAAAACAGAAGGCAGGAGACAGCAAACAGACAUGUGAGAUUGUAGAGGAAGAUCCUUUUGCUGUUCAGAUGAUUUACUGGUGUCCAGAGAGCAGAAUAUUUUGCGUAUCUGGAGUCUCUGCAUAUGUCAUAAUUUAUAAAUUCAGCAGACACGAAAUCACAACAGAAAUAGUGUCACUAGAAGUACGACUUCAGUGCGAUGUUGAAGACAUUAUUACACCUGAGCCAGAAACAAGUCCUCCAUUUCCAGAUCUCUCCUCUCAACUUCCUUCUUCAAGGAGUCUUUCUGGAAGCACUAAUACUGUGUCUAGUGAAGGAGUGACGAAGGACAGCAUCCCGUGCCUCAGUGUUAAAACACGGCCAGUACGAAUGCCGCCGGGCUAUCAAGCAGAUCUUGUUAUUCAGUUGGUGUGGGUAGAUGGUGAGCCUCCUCAGCAAAUAACCAGCCUUGCUAUAAGCUCAGCAUAUGGAAUAGUUGCAUUUGGAAACUGCACUGGGUUGGUUGUGGUGGAUUUCAUACAGAAGACAGUACUGUUAAGCAUGGGAACCAUUGACCUCUAUAGAUCAAGUGAUCUGUACCAGCGACAGCCCCGGUCUCCUCGAAAAAACAGGCAGUUCAUUGCAGACAACUUUUGCAUGCGUGGGCUGUCUAACUUUUAUCCUGAUUUAACGAAACGGAUCCGUACUUCCUAUCAGAGCUUAACAGAGCUGAAUGAUAGUCCAGUUCCCCUGGAACUUGAGCGCUGCAAAUCUCCCACUUCAGACCAUGUAAAUGGACACUGCACAAGUCCAACCUCUCAGAGUUGCAGUUCUGGAAAACGUCUUUCCAGUGCUGAUGUUUCAAAAGUAAAUCGCUGGGGUCCUGGAAGACCACCAUUUAGAAAGGCACAGUCAGCUGCUUGCAUGGAGAUUUCUUUACCAGUUACAACUGAAGAAACCCGAGAGAAUUCCUAUAAUCGCUCCAGGAGCUCUAGCAUCUCCAGUAUUGACAAAGACUCUAAAGAAGCGAUUACAGCUUUAUACUUCAUGGAAUCCUUUGCACGGAAAAAUGACUCUACCAUUUCCCCUUGUCUGUUUGUUGGAACCAGUCUGGGAAUGGUGGUACUCAUCUCCCUAAGUCUGCCAUCAUCAGAUGAACAAAGGUUUACAGAGCCGGUGGUGGUAUUGCCAAGUGGUACGUUCCUCUCAUUGAAAGGAGCUGUGUUAACAUUUUCCUGCAUGGACAGAACUGGCAGUUUAAUGCAGCCUCCAUAUGAAGUAUGGAAGGAUCCAAACAAUACAGAUGAAAAUGAAAAAACCUGGAAAAGGAAAUUGGUCAUGAACUACUCAUCUUCGUCCCAAGAAAUGGGAGACCAUCAGUAUACGAUAAUCUGCUCAGAAAAACAAGCCAAAGUCUUCUCACUGCCUUCCCAGACCUGCCUUUAUGUUCACAACAUCACAGAGACGUCAUUCAUAUUGCAAGCAGAUGUGGUGGCCAUGUGCAACAGUGCCUGCCUGGCCUGCUUUUGUGCAAAUGGGCAUAUCAUGAUAAUGAGCUUACCUAGUCUUCGCCCAAUGUUGGAUGUUAAUUAUUUGCCUCUGACAGACAUGAGAAUAGCACGGACAUUUUGUUUUACUAAUGAAGGACAGGCAUUAUACCUCGUCUCUCCUACUGAAAUUCAACGGUUAACAUAUAGCCAAGAAAUGUGUGAUAAUAUUCAGGACAUGUUAGGCGAUUUGUUUACUCCCAUAGAGACACCAGAAGCCCAAAAUAGAGGCUUUCUCAAGGGACUGUUUGGUGGAAGUGGACAGACAUUUGACAGAGAAGAACUCUUUGGGGAAGCCUCGGCAGGAAAAGCAUCCCGCAGCCUAGCACAGCACAUCCCUGGACCUGGUAGUAUAGAAGGCAUGAAAGGCGCUGCUGGCGGGGUGAUGGGAGAGCUGACCCGAGCCCGAAUUGCGCUUGAUGAGAGAGGGCAGCGUCUGGGCGAGCUGGAAGAGAAGACUGCCGGCAUGAUGACCAGUGCAGAGGCGUUCUCUAAGCACGCACACGAGCUAAUGCUGAAAUAUAAGGAUAAGAAAUGGUACCAGUUCUAACCUUCGAAGGAAGCUGUGACUGCUUUGAGAAACCAUUAUUCAGGGAAACCAAAUUUAUUCCCAGCAUCAUGAUUCAACUGCUAGAAACCAGUUUCUUCUACAAAAUGUUCCAUUAUAGUCCAUCUGAAGUUAUCAUAAAGGAGACUUAUCAAAGGCAAAGACGCUGUGCAACAUAAAGGCUGGAACCCCGGUUAAAACCCCAAGAUAAUGGCCGAAUUUGUCUUUUCCCCAUGUGGAAUGGAUAUUAUCAUCUUGGCAUGUCAUUUGCUAAGAAUUUGUGUUUGGAAACUAUGGGGAGUCCUUUUGAUUUGAAAUUUCCUGUACAAACAAAAGCAUUAAUGCACUUAAUGAAAAAAAUUCUUUGCAUGAUAAAUUAACAUCUUAAGAGGAAAAGAAACAAAAGCAUGUUAUAACAGAAGAAAAGGAUUUAUGGUUAACUACUUUCAUGAAUUGGGCCACACCCAACAAUUUUUAAAUCUGCAUUAGAAGAUAUCAGUGCAUUUCAAGUGUAUUUGCCCUACCCAACUGAAAGGAAUCAAAACAUACCCAGGAUUUUUUUCUCACCUGAAAGUUUCCUUAGUAUACUAGGACAUUACUGAAUUCUUACGUAAGAAUCUGAUUAACAUUUCUCUCUGUGUAGUCAUUCAUAUCAUUUGCAGCUCUCACUCAUAAUCAAGGCUUGCCAGGAGAGUGAGGUAGCCCCAACACUCCUCUUUCCAUGUCUGCCACCUUCAAGAUGAAUUCCUAGUUUUAGUCAUAAACCGUGUAGGGUUGAAUCACCUCAAAGCAUUUUUUUUUUCAGCCUGGUUUACAUUCUACAGAGGAGGUAGCGAUAAGUUUGCAGAAACUAGACUAUAGGAACAGUACAGUUAGCUCUGAGAACUGAUUUCACAAAGAGUGGAAUUUCACACACCCCAAUUUUAGUUUCCAAAGCGAUAUAUUUUUAAAGCACCAUUUGUAUCCUUAUCUGCCAAUUACACAGUAUAUUACUGUUCAAACCCAAUAGGGUCUACAAUCCCAAGGUGCUUUUGCAGCCUGAUAUUCACAGACCAAACUGGUCAUUCUCUUUGAUGUGAUUCAGUAAAACCUCAGCUAAUGUUUUAGGAAAGAGAUUCUGACUCAUCCCGUUUCUGAUGCACAAGGGCUUUCAUUAGAACACAUUUUGGGGUUCAGCACUUACUACUGGAAACCCUUACGAAAUGUAGACUUGUUUUAGCUAUCUUGGCCACAGUCAUCAUUAUGGAUAACACAAAUUCAGAGAUAAUUUAAUGAUAUAAAAUCAAUAGCUUUGUCACUAGAUUGACUAAUAUAAGUCAAAGGCAUGUGUCAGUAAAUAUCAAAUACCUUCUAAAAACUCUCAAGAGUAAAGAUCAGCUGUAGCAUGAUAAAAUGAUCUGUCGUGACCCAGCAGGGAAGCACUGCAAAGAAAAACAAGGAAGACUCCUACUUGCUCUGUUGAAAGUCAGAGUCACAGGACUCCCAUAACAGGAUGUUCUUCCUGUUUCUAAAAAUCUUAAAUUAUGUGAUAUGUUCAUUGGGUUUGGAGGUCUUCCUGGACUUACAUUUGUGUUUAAGACAUUCGCAAUUCCUUUAAUCUAACUUAAUAGACAAAAUUAUUAUUUUCACUGGUCUUUUAUUUUUGUUUGAAGUGGUGCUUCCUUUUAAUUUUUCUCAGUGAUUUUGAAGAAAAAGCAGAGAUGAUUAAAAGAACCAGAAAAUGCAUACUAGAGUAGCAUUUAUCAGAGUCUUUGAAUUCUGAUUUCUUAAAAUUGUCUGUAAAUCUGCCUCCUGUUAUAGCUUGAGUAUAAGGGGACUUGGCUUAGAAAUACAGAUAAUAUACACAUUUAUACAGUAAAAUAUUAAUGAAAUUUAAAGCCAGGACCUGAAAAACAUUGGCAGCAAAAUUGCAAAACACAAUUUAUGCUAUCUGUUUUAAAGACCCAAGUUUCUGAUUUUUAUGGAUACUUUAACAUUUCUGAGAUUGUUGUUGUUUGGGGGGUGUUUGCUUGCUUGCGUGUUUGUGUGUUGUUUGAAGGUUAUUUUUGUUUUGCUUUUUGCUUUUCUGAGACAAGGUUUCUUUAUGUCACAGCCCUGGCUAUCCUGAAACUUACUUUGCAGACCAGGCUGGCCUUGAACUCACAGAAAUCCACCUGCCCUGGCUCCUAAGUGCUGGGCUUACGUUCAUGCCCCACAACACUCAGUGGUACUUUAGUAUGUCUACAUUUUAAAAUGACCAGAAGAAUAAGAUAUUUCUUUUUUAGAAAUAGUAAAUUUCAAUCCAAAGUAGUGUUGAAUUUAAUGACUAUCUCUGAAUUUCCCUGUAAUAUUUAACUUGCUUUAGCGAUGUGGUUCAGGGUAGAGUGCUUGCCCACUAUGUUCAAGAUCAUAGGUUUCAUCUUCAAUACCCUAGGUGCAUAUGCACACACACACACACACACACACACUUCACUUGUUCUAUAGCAAUGGUUUUCAAAAGCUGCACCAUUAGCACAAAAUUCUUUCGGAUGUUAACAGUGUCCUUGGCUUCUGCCCUCUAGAUGCCAGUCAGAAUCUGCUAGUAAUGACAGUAAAAAAAAAAAAAAAAAAAAAAAAAUCUUUUUGUCAAAAUUGCUUCCAAUUGAGAGCUACUAUUUUACAUCAUUUAAAGAGACAGGCUAUGAAAUAUAUGAUAUGUUUUUACAGAAAACAGCAUACAAUAAGAGCACAUUGUCUUAGCAAGAGAAGUCUUGUCCUAAAUUACGUGUAUGAUUCAUAUGCAAUAGAGGUCAAUUUUUUAAGAACUAGAGAACUGAUAAUAUCUAGACUUUUUCCAAGCACACAGAGAAUAUGUCAAAAAAGAACAUCCAUAUUUUACAAUAGAUGUGCAUAAAAUUCUGGAUCCAGCAAAUACAUCAAAAGUUUAUAAAUAGACAUCACUUGGAGUAGGUGCUUCUGACAUGCUUGAAAAGAACAAGUUCUCAUAAAUGUUUAACGUUUAAAUGUGCUUACAAAAUUGUUUGACAACUCCUUUCUUCAUAUAAAGGUAACUUAUCCCAUAGACCAAUGAUUAGCAGAAUCCAAAUUAAUGAGGUUUUACUGUAUCAAAAUUAUUUUUAUAAUUCAAAGAGGUAGCAAUAACAAUAAUUUAACCAUGGAUGUGAUUUUUCUCUUUGAGCUUUUGCAUUAAUCUUAAUAAACACACACACACACACACACUCAUGCACACACGCACACAGAGUCACCUCACCACCACCACCAUUUUUGUCAUCAUUGCCAACUUAAGGAAAUGAGUAAUGUUGAUACAUAUAAUCUUUUGCAUUUUCUCAUCUCUCUUCUCUUUGGACCAUAAGAAAAACCACCCCAGAAACUGUAAUAGUGCUGCAGAAGGUGACCCCGAGUCUCAGUUACCAUCAAAUUACAUUAUAUCUACGAAGCGGCGUCUGGAGAUAAGGCUUGCGAAGUGCCAUCAGGACAAGGUGACUCUACCCCCUAUUCCUUCCUCAGCAGAGAAGCCUUGCUCGGUGUUCCGGCAGAACCUUUCAUUCUAUUCAUCAAUAAUAAAAGACGUGUUUGUUUCCCUGCUUCUCACAGUAAUGUAAGCAAUGAUUCCACCGUAAAACCACUCAUUUGUCUUGGGUUUGGGUGGGGGACGAUUGACUCAGGUAUUUCAAUCCCCUGAGGAUGUGCUUCUCUGACUUAGCUUCUACAUUUCUCUGAGUGAGUCUCAGACUUAGCACUCAGGGUCAUUGUGUGACAUCAGCUUCAAGUGUACAGUGACAAAACUGAAAAGUUUUCCAGCAAUUCUAUCACAGAAGCAAUUCUCAAAUACUUUGGAAUUGAUUCUCAAUUAAAUCUAGGUCUCUAUCCCUCAAAAAUGUAAAGAGACCUUAAAAGGUAAAGUUGCCUUUUUAUGGCCCACUAAUACCAUUUAAAGGUAUUGUUUGCCCAUUAUCUGUGCCAGACUGAGAAAAUAAAAAGAUUAGGCCCAAUAUCGGUUGAAAAUUAAGGUAGGUUCUUUGAGAUACUAAGCUAUCAGGCAUUUGGACAGAAUAAUAAGAGAAAGCUAGCUCAGAGAGGAAAACUAAUUUUCUCUUGGCUUAGGAUUAGGGUAUUCUUUGUAUCACAGGCUUCUUGGGGGAGGGUAAAAACAUUUCUCUGGACACACUGGUCCACAGAGAGCAAUGACAGAGAAAGCCAGCAUGGCAGAUCAAGUGUAGCUCUAAGUGAGUUGGGAGAAACAACAGCCUCAUACCUUCACCUACAGUUUACUCAGUCCCAUCCUGGUGGUAGUACUGUAUAGCCACACAGCCCAGGUGUCUGAGAUGAUUGUCACAUUGCCAUGGUUGAACAUUGUCUCUCAUAUGCAAGAUUCUGGGAAGCAUGUGCUAAAAAGUCUAGUAUUUCUAUCUAUUGGCCUGAAUAGAAUAUCUGUCUUCCUGAAUGGAAGGUGUCAGUUAGGUCUCAUCUAGAAACAACAGAAAGGGUUUAUUGUGGUGGAAACCUGUGGGUAUGAGGAGAGAUAUGAGGGAAGUGAGGAGGUUUUGAUAUAACCAAAAGCAAAUGUCUUUAUUCAGAUUUUUUUUCUGGAGAAGUGAUCAUCAGCCUUGGCUGUACAUAACAGUCAUUUGAGAUUUUUAAAUUCCCGAUGAUUUCAAAAUGUCUUAGACUGGGAACAGAAUGUCAGUAUUCUUGAAAGCCCUAAGCAUAGGUCCAGUGUCCAGCCAACAUUGGUAACCACUACUUUAUGACCAACUAAAAAAGAGUCUUGCCUUCCUUGGCUGACUCUUAGCCCCUUCCUAAGGACUGGGGAAAGCAUAAUGUAAAAGACACAGUCUUGUCUUGAUUACCAUUUAUUCUUUCUUCUCACAGAACAAAAGCGAGCCCAUGUUUCUAACCAGGCAGCUCCACUAAGUCUUUGUAACUCUGUAAUAUUACUCUGUGUGACUUGAUCAUUAGUUAUUUAAGUCAAGGUUGUAAAUUUCAACUGUCUUUUACCUAAGACAUCAUAAAAUCAACAGUAUAAAAAGCUAAGUGGUAAAAUUAAUCUGGAUAAUAUCUGGACAAUGAAAAUUCCCAAAACAAUCACUUACUAAAUUAUCUCCAAGCUUAUUAUGCACCCUUCUUCAGGAGCAGACAUGGUGAGACUCCUGCUGUGCUCCUGGUGUCCUUCUGAACCUGGUGUUACCAAACAGGGAGAAGAACUCUUCCUUGUUUGAUUGCUGUUCCUAAAGCUCUGAGGGCCACUUGAAUUUGUUCUCUUAUUUAUGGGGUAUGUGCAUAAAUGGAAAAUUAUAAUCUGAGAACCAGUGCCCUGAAAAAGUGCUUACACCCCAGCAAGAAAGAAUCCAGCUAACGGAAGGCAAUAACACAAAAACACCCCGAGUCCUCUCCCCACGCCACUUCCCUUUUGUCUUGGCCCACUCUUCUCAAUGGCAAAGCCAGAAGAUAAACUAGGUGGUGGUUUUGGAUAGUUAUACACAGGAUCAAAAUCUCUAAUAACCUAUCAUUUUUAGUACUUAAUUAUGUGAUGUUUUAUUCUAGGAAAUAACAGACAGAUGACACCAUUGAUGUAUCUUUCUUUCAUCUUCAGAAUUUUUGCAUCUUUUCAAAAAAUGACAAAUUACUAUUUUUCUGUUGCAUUCAGCAAUUGUGACUAUACCUAAAAUUCUUGUAGUCUGUAGAGAUAUCAAUAAAAUUGUAUAUGUUUGUACAUAGAUGCUCUCUUAUGUCAUGAUGUCAUAUACUAUUGAGUUUUGCCAAGAUUAAAUAUAUAGAGGUAAAAAACACUCAUUUGCAAACUGUUAACUAUAGUUUUACCAAGAAUGGAUGUUUUCAAAAACGUUGAGGGGAUGGGGGGGAAACAUAUUGAUUUGAGCAAAAAGCAGAAAACAAAAUCUAAGUUCCCAAAAUGUAUAGAUUCCGUUUGAAUUUAUUGAUUGAUUUGGGUUAGAAAUACCUAUUCAGAUUUUCUAUCAAAUUGGGGACAUAUGUAACAGUUUAGUGAAAAAUUUAAAGGCAACCUGCAAGGCUAUUGAUUGAAUGCUACCUGAAUUGGAAUAAAAGGAAAGGCAAACUUGUUAACAGUGCCCACAAGACCCUGCUGGGGCAGGGGAGACCUUGACUGCCUUCCUGCUUUUACAACUCAAGCCAAAAACUGAAUCCACUGUGAGUUCAUACUUCCAUCCAGUGGUCAGGAAAUCGGCUGACUUGCUCUGCUCUCACCAGCUGGUUGAUUCUCCUUCUGGUAUUUUCUUAUAAGGCGGCCUUGGCCAGCUGACCUUAUUCUUCCAAGUUCUAACUAUCUUAGGGAAAUUCUCCCUCCACCAUCAUCUUUCUUCUACAGUUGGAUCUAUAUAAAAUUGAAACAAAUAACAACUAGCCUUAGGCUAAAAAUUACUUCAGAGGAAAAGAAAAAUAUAUAGGGCCUUUUAAAAUAUAAAUGCUAAUCUCUUUUUCAGAUUUGUAUCAGAAGAAUCAGUUUAUCUUUCUGUCACAACAACUUAAGUCCACAAACCUGUGUUCACUGUUUUCUUCUGCUUCCUCCCCUUUCAUCUCCCUUCCUCUGUCACUCGCUCCUGCCUCCCUCGCCUCCUCAUUCCCACCCAACAGGACUAUCUUCCUCAAGUCCUUCUUUCCAUUUGCUCUACUUAAAGGGCAAGCCCAUCGUUGGGGCAGGUUAGCAGUGGUAACCUCACACACAGGAGGGCACCACAGGGGUGAGGUGAGCGGUGCACCCACAGAGCUGAGCUCAGAAAGGGGGCAGCUGAGACUUCCUGGUCAGUGACCUUGGAAUUUGAAGUCUUCUUUGGAACAGGACAGAAAUAACCCCUUUGGUUCUGGAGAGUGGCCACAUUCAAGGAAUUGAACAUUUAAAUAAAUUGAGAACAUGGAAGCUAAGUUUCUCACAGAGACUGCAGAAGGAUAUACAAUUAAAAGAAAAACCUAGAAUGCUUUAAAUUUUGGUUCUUCGACAUACAGCGUGAUAACUGGAGUUGUAACUUUUAUGCUCAAAAUGGAUAAAGAAGAGGAUUUUUAACUGUUCCACAUCAAAGAGGUGAUGGUUGAGGGGGUGAUUCUGCUAAGUAUGUAUAGAACUAUCAGAUAUUCCCUGUCAAUAUAAUUAUUAUUUCUCAAUGAAAAAUAAUAAAACUUCUUAAAGAAGGAAAGGUAAAAAAUAAACCUCUGGUACUGUCAAGUACAAUUGGUUAUCAGUGUGAGCUUUGAUUGUGCAUAUAUAUAUUAUAUAUAUAUAAUAUAUAUUAUAUAAAUAUAUAGUUUAUGUAUAUUUAUAUAUUUAUAUAAUUGUAUCUAUAUAAAUAGCUAUAUACAUAUAUACACAUAUAAAUAUACACUAUAUAUGUGUGUAUGCAUGCUGAAAAGUGUGUAUAUGUUUAUAUAAAUAUUUCCUAAUUCUGAACACUGAAUAGACUAGAAAGAUACACAGCAAUCAACAUAACUAGUUCUGGAUUAUGAUUUCCAAAUACUCUUUCCUGUUAAUUUGCUGGAGCAUCAUGAAAAUAAUGACUGACUCAAUUCUGGAAUAUACUCUGUAUCAGAAAAUGAAUGUCAGCAGCACUCAGAAACAGCUUGAAAGAGCUUAUAUAGGCUGAGAAAAGAUAAUUUAACUAUAAACCAUAGUAAUAAUUGAGUAAAAUAGGAAUCAUGAAUUCACAUUGAUAUAAGUAAAUAUGGAGGAGAAAAAAAUUAUCCACACAAUAAAAUGCCAGCCAAUGAGUACAAAUGGGAUUUAAAAGUUGCUGUUAGGUAAACAUUGUUAUAAUAUGUUGGACAAUAUAUCCCAGUUAGUGCUCAGACUAAUGGGGUAAAGUAGAAUCUCAGUAGAGAAUGAUUUACAUCAUUUCCAAGUGUAUUUAAAACUGUUAAACAUUAAAAAAAAAACAUUUACACUAAAAAACAUGGCAGAUACCAUAUUUGUUCUUGAGGAACCAAAGUCCUGUUACCAGUGAUGGGGCAAAUCAACAUCUUGUACUGCCUUUGAAAAGAACACAGUAUUCCUGCCGAGAUGUAAGCUGGGUCUCCUUCUGUGGAAAUGUUAAAUAGAACUAAACUGGAUGAUUUCUAUACGUGGCUGCCCCCUGGGAACUUUGUAUGGGGUAAUGAAUGAUGAGGAAAGGCAGAUAUUCCAGAUCUAGGAAGCCAAAACCCACGACAACUGCAUGUAACACAUGAUCAUAGAUUGAAACGUUCUGCCAUACAUGUCAUGACAUAAAUGGAGCAAUUAUCAAAAAACUCAAGUGUGAUUUCCCACUUGAUAACAUUCUUUGUACCAUUCUUGAAACUUUUAUUUAAAUUUGAGCUUAUUUCAAAAUAAAAUAAUAAAAAUAAAAA